AUGCCUUCUCUGGCCUCCGUCGUCGUCACUCUCCUGCAAGGCCUAUGUGUCGCAGUCCAGGCCCAAACAACAAUCACGUCCACCGGAAACCCCAUCAUCGCCGAUGGAACCUACUACACAGCAGACCCGGCCCCCUUGGUCGUGAACAACACAGUCUACAUCCUCACCGGCCGAGACACCGCCCCUGCAAGCCAAAAUGCCUUCAUCAUGAACGAGUGGGAGAUGCUCAGCAGCACCGAUCCGCGUCCCUCUGGUGCCCAAUGGCAGCUGCGCACCAAUAUCGCCCGCCCAGAAUCGGUCUUCAAGUGGGCUGCGUCAGGGACUGCCUAUGCCUCUCAGAUCGUGCAGGGCCCAGACGAGAGAUUCUACCUUUACGCUCCCGUCACGCAGGCCUCGACUUCGAAUCCUGAUCGAUUUGCUAUCGGGGUUGCCGUCUCAACUAACCCAUGGGGUCCUUUCACGGAUGCUCACCCUAGUGGGCCUAUUGUCUCGCAGUCCGUCCCAUCACCGGGGAACAGCAUUCAGAAUAUCGAUCCGACGGUUCUUCUCGACGAUAAUGGGAGGGUCUAUCUAUACUGGGGCACAUUCGGCCAGCUUCGUGGCAUCGAACUCGCGACAGAUAUGGUCACGACUAUCGGACAAGCCACGGCAGUCAACAGUCUAACGGGCUUCUUCGAGGCUCCAUGGCUUCUUAAGCGUAAGGGAACAUAUUACAUGCUCUACGCCGCCAACAACGCCGGUCCAGAUUCACCAUGCACACCGACCUCAUACCACGCCUGCAUCGCCUACGGAACCGCCUCCUCGCCCUUAGGCCCGUGGACAUUCCGGGGCGUGAUGCUAGACAUUGUCUCUUCAACCACGUCUCACCCGGGUGCCUUUGAGUUGAACGGCCAGUGGUACCUAGUCUACCACACCCGAGACGCCACAGGAGGAGGCCACUUCCGCCGCAGCGUGGCACUCGACUCCAUGACCUGGGACGACAACCAGUCGCCUCCACGUAUCAACAAAGUCAUCCAGACCCGUCGCACCCAGCCCGCGGCACCAGCAACCCGCAACAUCGCGACCAAAGCCACAGCAAGCUCCGUAAACCGCACCCCAAUCCAGUACUGGAUCAAAUCAAUCAACGACGCAUGGAUCCCCGGGAACCCCUUGCCGCCAGACUACUGGUGCUCCUACGACGGCGCUGCCUCCCCGCAGACCAACACGCUCGUAUUAACAUGGCCUUCGGCGGUGACGCUGAACGGCGCGAGGAUGGUGCUUUUCGCUGACCAGCCCGCGGGUUCGAAUAUCGGGGUGCCGCCCCCUGCGAGCUGGCGGAUCGAGUACUUGAACGGGAGCGGUGCGUGGGUCGCGGUUACGGCGACGUCUGCGUAUCCUACUGCUGUUACGGAUAACCCUGCAAUUGCCAACUUUAGCCAGGUUUCGACGAAGAGUAUUCGUGCGGUUUUGGUGGCUUCUGGUGGGAAUGGGCAGUAUGGUGGUGUUGGUGUAAAGGAGUUUGAGGCUCUUGCUCCUACUGCGCAGUAA